UCUCCAUUUUCUCUCCAAUCAUCAACCAUCUAUUAUUACUACUACUAAACGGUUUUUGUUUUUUUUUUUCAACUCAAUUUUUAGCUUGGUGAAUGAGAUUGUUGAAAUUUGGAUCACAAGGAAGUAAUUGAACUUUAACCUCACAUAGGAGAGAAGUAUUUUGGAAGUGUGGACAAGACUGAUCUGAUGAGUCAGUGACCGUACUUGAUCGAGGGAGAGCAAAACAAUAUGGAAGCGCUAAGAGCCUCAUACGCAGACGACAAUUCAUCUGACUCCGAUUCUGAUUCCAAUCCAACUCCUCCGCAGCCGUCAGCUUCCACAUCCAUUACCCCUCUGCCUCCACCUCCAAUUUCCCUUCUUCACCCACCCAACUCUCUUGUUCCUUUGGACUCCUUGCCAACUAGUCAAGUCAAUCGUGUUAGAAGCUUUCCUCAUGUUGAAGGCAAUUAUGCUUUACAUGUCUACAUCCCAGUUCAUAUACCAUCUGCAACAAGGAAGGAGCUGGCCAGUUUUCUAAAGAAAGUCACAACACUUGUACCUGCUCUACAUGCUGUUGAUGUUGAUGUACCAUUGAGCAGUUUAUUGAAAGAUGAAGCCUUGCUUGAAAAAGUGGUGUUAGGUAGAGAGUUUCACAUUAGUUUGGGAAGAACUGUCCCUCUCCGCGUGCAUCAGAUUAAUUCGAUAGUCUCCAUGCUUCGUCAAAAGCUUCAGUUUCAGAGGAGCUAUUUGAUAGAUUUUAACAAAUGGGAGAUAUUUGUUAAUGAUGAUUCAACUCGCACAUUCAUGUCGUUGGAAGUUGUAGCAGGAGGCUUAGCUCAGAUAAGAAAGCAAAUCCAAGCUGUUAAUGAAGUCUACAAACUUCACAACCUUCCGGAAUUUUACAAGGAUCCACGUCCUCACAUCUCAUUAGCUUGGACAUUGGGGGACAUCAGGGACACCCUGAAGAGAAUGGUGGAAGAAGAAGAGAUGAAGAAAUACAAAGCGGGUUCCAGUUCACAUCAGAGAUGUAUUUUCACAAGCAAAUUCAAUGGCAUUUUGUGCAAAAUAGGGAACAAGAUGCAUGAAAUCUGCAAGUUUCAAGAAGAAUAGCAGUUAUUUGUUGAUCCCUAAUUAACUUUCUCAGUUCAAACCAUUUCCUUUUUUAUAUAAAAUUUGAACCUUGGAUGUUAUUUUUGAUUUAUAUAAAUAAAUCGUAAGAUUUUUAUUAAAAAAA